GGUUUUGAGCAUGUGACAGCUGUAAAUGGCUCACAAGACAUGAAUUAUUUCUACCUGGAAAGUGGGACCAGAGGAGCGAAACCGGUGAAUCCAUGGUUUUUUCAGUGACUGACUUCAUUCUCGACUAGUUUUUACACAGAUUUCAAAAUGGCCAAGUCUGACAAAGCUGCAUUGUUGAAAAACCUGGCCGUUGAAGAGGAUGACUUUGUGCCAGAGCCUGUUGUCGCUAGAGUUACCCCUCUCCGGGCCGCAGCUCCCUCAGGCAUACAGGGAGCAGAGGCUGCCAUAGAAAAUAUGGCUGCGGGUCCCCCCAAAGCAGAGGAAGAUGAUGCCAAUAUACAGAUUGCUAUGGACAACAGACAAGUGAUGCCUCACUCAACUACGAACAUGCAGAGUUUGAUGCAUCUGCUCAAGGGUAACAUAGGCACAGGUAUCCUGGCUAUGCCUGUGGCUUUCCUCAGCUCCGGAUUAUGGACUGGUUUUGCUGGAGUGCUCAUCAUCGGAAUUAUAGCUGUACACUGUAUGCACAUGUUAGUGGACUGCAGCCACAAUCUGUGUCGUAGAAAGGGCAUUCAGUCAUUAGAUUAUGGAAACGUUUCAGAAGCUGCCUUUGAUAGAGGACCAGAGAGGCUCAGAAAGCUAGCCGUUCCUUCUAGGAUAAUGAUAAACAUAUUUUUAGCUAUAACACAGUUUGGAUUUUGUAUGGUGUACAUAGUCUUUGUGUCUGAUAACAUUAAACAGGUAAUCCACGCCUUCCACAGUGACGACCCAGAUCACAGGUUGUACAUGGUCAUUAUCGCUCUUGUCCUCAUUCCCUACGUCUUUAUCAAGGAGUUAUCCUCCCUGUCAAUUUUCUCAGGCUUUGCCAACAUUCUCAUGUUUGUCGGACUCAUCAUAGUCUUCCAGUACAUCCUCCAGGAUCUCCCUGACACAGGCUCCAGACCCGUCUUUAACUCCACGGCAACCUUACCGCUCUUCUUUGGGACAGCAGUGUACGCCUUUGAAGGCAUAGGUGUGGUUUUACCUAUAGAGAAUAAGAUGAUUCACCCAGAGGAUUUCGGGGGCUGGACAGGUGUGCUUAACCUGGGCAUGGUCAUCACCACUGUUCUCUACACAGCUGUGGGUUUCUAUGGCAACCUGAGGUUUGGAGACGCAGUCAAAGGAAGCAUUACAUUAAACCUACCUGUAAAAGAGUGGUUAUACGUUUUGGUGAAGGUGAUGUUUUCGGUGGCAGUGUUCAUCACUUAUGCAUUACAGUUUUAUGUCCCUGUGAACAUUUACUGGCCACUGAUAGAGGAGCGCAUCAGGAACCAGCGUCUCAAAUUCUACGGACAGUAUAUCUUCAGAGCAGUCCUGGUCCUGUUAACAUUGUGUAUUGCAGUGUUGGUACCUCAUUUGGAUCUGCUCAUCUCAUUGGUUGGAGCCUUUGCCAGCAGUUGCCUAGCACUCAUUUUUCCACCAAUCAUAGAGAUUGUUACAUACACUGGAGAAAAUGAGUCCAUCAGCAUUGGAUGUAUAAUCAAAGACGUAUUAAUAUGUGUAUUUGGUUUCUUAGGUUUUGUGACAGGCACUUUUGUAACUAUAAAGGAGAUUGCAGCCACAUUUUGAUACUUGCUUUUUUUCUUCAUAUUUUCAUUUUUAGACAUGAUUAUUAUCUUUCUUCUAACUUGUUUUAGAAUGCUGUAGAUGUUUCCGUGUAAUUCUCCUCUGUGAUAUAGACAGUAGUAUACCAGUGAAUUGUGAAUUUUAGACAAUAUUUUAUUGUCACCAUGACUCAUCGUUUCAUAUACCUAAAUAAGUGAGAGCUAACACUAUUUUUCUAAAUUCUGAUGUGUACAUUUGAUAACAUGAUACGUAGUGAUAUACAUAGUGAAUGUAACUGAUGAUAUAUUUAUAGAUAAACUUGCAUUGUUUGCCACAACAUCAAAGAACAGACUGUAUAUCACCUAAAGUUUGGUAGAUGGCACUUGCAGAAGCACAUGAAUGUUGAAACAUGAUACUUGUGGUGAUUGUUAUUCUGAUUUCAAAUUAAUCAAACUUCACAAAAUGGCCUUUUAGGGUGUAUAAAACAGUGAGAAUCAAGGUGAAUGUGCCAGUUCUAAAAUAGGCAUCGGUGUAUAAAGCUGCCUUCUGCAUAAUAGCAAGUGGUUCAGUUCGUUUCCGAGACAUCUUGGCUGAGGUUUUUAAACAUGAAGGAUGACAGUAUCACGCUUAGUUCAUUGUUGACACUGAAUCUCACUCAUAUUGUGAGACACAUGAGACACAUUUUAGUCAACUUUGGUAACAUUUGGAAAUCAGACAGCCUACAUGUACCCCCAUGUAAAUAACAGUAAGGAGAAAACACACCCCCUACUUAGUUGACACAUGUGCUUGACACUUCACAUGGGGAUAUUGGACACUUCCUGACAUUUAACAUGGAGAUAUUUGACACCAUCUUAAUAGUUCACACAUAAUGUGGGGAUAUUUGACACUGUCCUCAGUGUACACGUAACAAGGGGAUAUUUGACACUUCCUGACAUUUAACAUGGAAUGUUUGUCACCCUCCUUAGUUGACACAUACCUUGGGGAAGUGAGACUUCUUUGUUUUCUUAACAUGGAGAAAUUUGAUACUGUCCUUAUUGGCACAAAAUACAGAGAAUUUUAGCACCCUACAUGCACUUAGUUGACACUUAUCAUGGGGAAAUCACACACCCUAUUUUGGGGACACCUACCAGUAACAUUGGACUUUUGACAUCCAGUGUAGGGAACACGUACAAUUGAGAAAUAACAAACCCUACAUGUACAUUUUUAGUUGACAAAUGACAAGGAGAAUUAAGACACCCUACUUGUAGUUCACACUUUAACAUGUAUAAGUCAGACACCGUAUUUACGUGUGCCUUUUACAUCUUCAUUUCUUUAAAAAGUUCAACACCCAAUUUCAUUGAGAUAUAUCGUCGAGUGACAGACAAAUUUUCCUUCAGUUUCACUCUGUGGUGUUGACAUUUCUAUGAUUUUACUGGACCAAUUUUUGACAGAAAACUAUUUGUCCUAAGGGCUCCUGUCCUUUAAGGCCAUGUCCGCACACCUUAUUAGACAUUCCAGAUAUCUUCAGGACAUGCACGCAUUUACAUGUAUAGCAAAUUUCACUGGAACCAUUUUCAACUUCUGUAGGUUCAGUGAAUAUAUUAAUUUCAUGACAAAAUUACACCUCAUUUAUACAAGUUAUUAUUUUAUUGGGGAUAAAAUUGAAUGUAAGCUUCAUUUUAUAUAAUUUUUAAUUUAGAGGAAAACAUUAUCACAUCAUUUUUUACAGUUACAUGUAAAGCUCAUGUUGCUAUCACAAUCCUGCCAGAGAUACACUUGAAAAAUAUGUUUCCUGAUAAUUCAUCAGAGGAAAUUGAGUUUAUCAUUAUGAAAUAUCAAAGUCCUUAUUCAUAGAGUAGCAUAAAAGUGGGACAUAUGGUCAUCCCCUCAACACCCCACCCCCCAAUCCAUUUUCUCCACCAAGGUGUCCUGCACCCUCAAGGUUAUUUUUCUCUCCUUACGUGUAUGGCUUGUUUCUGUCCCCUUACAUAUAUGGUUUGUUUCUAUCCCCUUGCAGGUCUGUCAGCAACCUGCUGAUGGUCGUGGGUUUCCCCCGGGCUCUGCCUGAUUUCCUUCCACCAUAAGGCACCAAUCAAAUAAAUAUCCCCUUACAUAUAUGAAUUGUUUCUGUCCCCUUACAUGUAUGGCUUGUUUCUGUCCCCUUACAUGUAUGGCUUGAUUCUGUCCCCUUACAUGUAUGGCUUGUUUCUGCCCCUUACAUAUGUGACUUGUUUCUGUCCCCUUACAUGUAUGGCUUGUUUUUGUCCCCUUACAUGUAUGGCUUGUUUCUGUUCCCUUACAUGUAUGGUUUGUUUCUGCCCCUUACAUAUGUGGCUUGUUCCUGUCCCCUUACAUGUAUGGCUUGUUUCUAUCCCUUACAUGUAUGGCUUGUUUCUGUCCCCUUACAUGUAUGACUUGUUUGUCAAUUGCCAUCAUGCUUAAAUAUAUGCCCUGUUACAUGUUAGGGUUUCUUGGUCCAUCUGCAGUCUUGUGUAAAGGUAUGUAUUAAAAGCCAUGAGCAUCUAGAAACUAAUGCGCUAGUGUCAAGACCCUUGGUAAGUAGACAAACAAAUUUACCUCAGGUGUGUCACAUAUGGAUGCACUGAUUAUCAGGGGGAUUUGCUCAAACCCAGCUCUCUCAGUCUACAACUUAGACUAGUUGUGCCCCAUUAUCGGGUAGCCUACAGGUGCAUGUGAAGGGUGCAGUCAUUUGGUUUGCUGAGCAUGUGGCAUUUGUAUCCAGUGGACAUCUAUCUGGCUGUACGCCCAUUUGUCUGUACAUUUCUGUUUAUGUGAUAAUCAAAUUACUGUAGGAUGGCUAACAUUCAGUAAAUGAGUUCAUGUGAAGAAUCCUUGAAAUGCUGUUAUUCGAAAUGAUUAUUGGUCAACGUGCAUGCCUUAGUAUUCUUCCUUCUGCACAUGCAGCCGCAUAUGUGAUGCAUCCAGAGUACAUGCCUAGUGAAAUGUUAUGUAUUACUAUGCCAGCUCCAUUAAAAGAAAAGACCUCUAAAAUCGAAGUAGGCAUCACUAAAUAGACCACUUAAAACUAUGCAUGAAUAUGCUUCCACUUAUGUUUUUUAGAUUUUUGUGAAAAGAGUUAAAAGCGUUCAAAUAUUAGAAUUCUAAUUUGGGCUUUACCGACCAUACUAUUAGAGUCUAGGAACUCUGACGUCACAAGAAUUUUUUCCAACUCUAUUCCCGACACUGCAUGUUGGAAUAACUCUUUUUACCUAUGGGUAAAAGAAUACAGAAAUUUCCCAAAAAAUUGUUCCUUGUGGUGAAUAUCAGCAAAACAGGGUGUCCUCAUGUCAGAGUUCCAAGAUAUCGGAUCUAUGGCCCAUAAAGCCUACCAUAGUUUUCAAAUAUGUAAAUGCCUGUCAGUACUCUCACAAAAUCUGAAAAGAUAAAUGCAUGUAUUUUUACACAUAGUUUCCAAGUUUCUGUAUGAUGGACCUUACUUCAUAUUUUAGCUUUCUUUUACUUUGAGCUGAAGCACAGUGAUUCAUAGUUGAUUGUGUGUGUUAAAUUCUUUUUAAACAAUUCUUUAUUAAUUGUUUGUAUUAUACAAUAUUUUAAUGGUGCAAAGCACAAAAUUACCCAGAGAGGAAUCUCAUUUUAAUUGUAUGCAUGCUCAGGAGAGAAGGGUAGGGAAAUAACGUUAUCCUCGUGGUUUGCACUGGUUCAUAGUAAACAUUAUAACACUGUAAUGAAGGCCCACGACCUUCCGCACGUUGCAAUGUCACAUAAGUGAAAUAUUAAAAAGUGUAAACUCAAGGUUUCCUCCCACCAUAAUGCUGACCGCCAUCGCAUACGUGAAAUAUGCUUGAGUAGGGCGUAAAACACUGAUCAAAUAAAUGCGUAAAUACAUAUAAAGUGCGAACUAAAAAGCAAUCAAACGGGUAAAAAAUGAAAAUCAAAGAACAUAUCUUAAACUUCAUGCCAUUUAUUUUCAUGUUAUGUUGGGUGUUUUCUGUGUACAGAACGGUGCUAGUGCAACUAAAUAUAAUGUUCGUUAACGCUACCAUACAAUCAUUGUUCUGGUUACUGUGUCACAAAACUGAAUUGGUGAAUAAUGUCGAUUACUUUGAACUGUCUCAGUGGUAUCUUUAUACAUUGACUUGGCCUUUUGAAAAGGUUACCAUGAACGAUUUUUGUGUCCAAAUGGAUUCUGAGAAGAAAAUGUAGUACCAUUAAAGACCUUGCAAUGAAAAAUGUUAUUGUUUUAUUACUUUUGACAGAGUGGAGGUGAGAAAUUAAAGGUAUAAGAGAGCAUUGAAAAGUGAUCUGCCGAGAAUUCUAUUUUAGAAGUCAUUAAUAAAAAAUUGGUGAUUGCUGGUUCUGAGCAUGAUUUUUUUAUGUUUAACGGUGUUCAAAAGAAUAUUUCGCUUAAACGAUGUCAGUUGGUGUCAUGGUUGUAGGUAAAUUAUUUAACCACCGCAAGAAUAGUAACCUCACAGCCGCAGCUUGGCUCUCAAUCGUGGUGGAAAGGUGCUUGUGAUAGAUACUGUUUUCUUUUGUGAUUGGUUUCGAUACUGACCAAAUCUAGGGGUUAAUAUUGCCAUGUGUGCUAGAAUACAUCUUCAACUGUAUAAGACAGUUUUAUCUUGCUGGUUUGUCUCCAGCUUUGAUACAGGAAGAUAACAUUACAGAAAUAGUUUUCAGGUUGGUUCACAGUUUACAUUUCACAAUGCAAAAGGGACCAGUCAUUAUUUCAUAAAGCCCACCUACAUGUAAGAAAUGAAAUAUUUUAUAAUGGAUUUAAUUCCAUUUAAGAUAAGAUAUUAAAAAAAGAGAGCACGGAUACAGGCCUCGGUAUUUCUGGCACAAUAUCAGGGCAUUGUAGUUUGUCUGAUGGUUCUGACCUAUGUUUUAAAUAAGUACAAGUAAACAUACUUUAUGUACUAGAAGAGAAAUAAGGGGCACUUACGUUUCUGAGAAUGAAGUUUUGCCUACGUCCGCCACAUUUGUCAACAGACUCUAUUCUUGAGCCUGAUAUUGAAAGCUUUAAAUCUGACGACGUCAGCCUCAUAGUGAAUGUAUUACUUAGCUCAUCAAUGGAUACCCUGCAGAAGACGUUUUUAUUCAUUCAUUUGUAGGAGAAGUUCCCUGAACAGCUGAACAUUUGGGUAUCGUCUCUAGUUCGUCUUCUACCUGUUGGCGUUUUCUGAUGACGUCAGAGAUUCUUAUGGGUAUCUACGAUAAAUCAUACUACACUGAACAUUAAGAUCGCAAAAACUGUUAAAAUGUGUUUUUUUAAUUGAACAUUCGUACGCAAUUAUUUCUUCAUGAAUCCAUGUGUGGAAUUUCAUC